GCUAGGGGUCCGCCAGGUAAUUUUACUGUUGGGCAGUUUUCGAGCUACCAAUCAAGAGCAAACCCCAAGAGAGAGGAUAGAAGAACUUUUGAGCUUCGCUCUUUCACAACGCGAGUCUGUUUCCAACAACCCUUGCCAGCCUAAUAAACUAAACAUCUACGAUAGAAGGCACACGCCGCGACUCUCUUUGCUUGAUACCUGGCACUUGGAACAGCUCCUGCCCCGAACCUCCCUCUCUUCCUCCCUCUACACCCCUAAUUAGCAGCUUAGAGCCGAUUCUUACAGAUUCCUGCUCUUGAUUGAGUCUCGAGGGUCGAUUGUCGCUCUGGUAAGCAAGCACUACGUUGGGGAUUUGAGGGUAGGGAACACAAUUGCUAACUAUUGCUCCAGCUGCCAGUAUUCUCUUGGACAAUACCCCCUUAAAUAUGUACGGCUCCGGGACUGGCCCUCAGACGGGCGUUUCUACGCCUAGAUCCUCGGCUUCGCUCCGGCCUCUCACAAUUUCCCACGGCUCUCUCGAAACGUCGUUCUUGAUCCCUACCGGCCUCCACUUCCAUGCCUCACAGCUCAAAGAGCGCUUCAGCACGAGCUUGCCCGCCCCAACCGACGAGCUUGCCCAGGAUGACGAGCCCUCAUCCAUUCCCGAGCUUGUCGCCAGAUACCUGGGAUUCGUAGCCCAUGAGGUCGACGAGGGCGAGGACGAUGCUCAGGGCUCAUACGAGGAGGUGCUUAAGCUUAUUCUUAACGAGUUUGAGCGAGCCUUCCUCAGAGGCAACGACGUCCAUACCUUGGCAGCCAGUCUCCCGGGAAUCGACGCGAAGAAGCUCGAGGUCAUCCGAAGCUACUAUGCUGCCCGUUCAGUCUCAAACCGUGCCAUGAAGCCCCACGAAUCGGCCUUGUUCCGCGCCGCCGAGGAUGGCUCGGCCAAGAUCUACAAUAUCUUUGGAGGCCAGGGAAACAUCGAGGAAUACUUCGAGGAGCUGCGAGAGCUCUACAACACGUAUCCCUCCUUUGUUGGGGACCUAAUUUCUAACGCCGCCGACCUCCUCCAGAAUCUCGCCAAUCACCCGAGUGCUGAAAAGCUCUACGCCAAGGGCUUGGACGUCAUGUCCUGGCUGCAAAGCCCUGAUGCGACUCCCGAUGUGGACUAUCUUGUCUCGGCGCCGGUCAGCUUCCCCUUGAUCGGCCUGGUUCAGCUCGCCCAUUACCAAGUAACCUGCAAAUCACUUGGCUUGCACCCUGGUAUCCUGAGAGACAGGAUCAGUGGCGCCACCGGCCAUUCUCAGGGAAUCGUGCUUGCGACAGUAACCGCGGCAGCAGAUUCUUGGGACACAUAUGCGGAGAUUUCCAGGUCGGCGUUGACGAUCCUCUUCUGGAUUGGCGCUCGCAGCCAGCAAACGUUCCCUCGCACAUCGAUGACUCCGACGAUGCUUCAGGAUUCGAUCGACAAUGGAGAGGGCACCCCCACGCCAAUGCUUAGCAUUCGGGACCUUCCUCAAGCAGAAGUUCAGAAGCACAUUGACAAGACGAACCAGUACCUCCCUUCAGACCGCCACAUCGCCAUCUCCCUUAUCAACAGCCCACGCAACUUGGUUGUGACCGGCCCUCCCAUGUCAUUAUAUGGUCUUAACCUCCAGCUCCGGAAGCUCAAGGCGGCCACGGGUCUCGAUCAGACCAGAAUCCCCUUUACCGAGCGGAAAAUCCGUUUUGUCAACCGAUUCCUGCCCAUCACAGCACCUUUCCACAGCAAAUACCUCGCCGAGGCUACCGUCCAGAUCGACGAGGACGUCAAGGACAUCCACAUCGAUUCCCGGAGUCUGGGGAUCCCGGUGUUUGAUACCAAUACCGGCAAGGACCUCAGAGAAGAGGUCAAGGGCAAUGUCGUCCCGACCUUGGUGCGGCUCAUCACCCGCGACACCGUGCACUGGGAGAAGGCCACAGUGUUCCCUGGAGCCACUCACGUGCUGGACUUUGGCCCAGGCGGCAUCUCCGGAUUGGGAAUACUUACCAGCCGUAACAAGGAUGGUACGGGCGUCCGAGUGAUCUUGGCCGGAACAGUGAACGGGACGGUCACCGAGGUCGGCUACAAGCCGGAGCUUUUCGACCGUGAUGAGGAGCAUGCGGUCAAGUAUGCCAUCGACUGGGUCAAGGAGUAUGGCCCGAGGUUGGUCAAGACCGCCAGCGGACGGACCUAUGUGGACACAAAGAUGAGCAGGCUGCUGGGAGUCCCGCCAAUAGUGGUUGCCGGUAUGACUCCAGCGACCGUUCCCUGGGACUUCGUCGCUGCGACCAUGAACGCUGGCUAUCACGUCGAGUUGGCCGGAGGUGGUUAUUACAACGCCAAGACCAUGACUGCUGCCCUCGAGAAGAUCGAGAAAGCCAUCCCUGCUGGCCGCGGUAUCUCUGUCAACCUGAUCUACGUCAACCCCCGUGCCAUGGGAUGGCAGAUCCCCCUGAUCGGGCGGUUGAGGGCCGAGGGUGUCCCCAUCGAAGGCCUCACCAUCGGCGCCGGCGUCCCGUCUAUCGAGGUGGCUCAAGAAUACAUCGAGACCCUGGGUCUGAAGCACAUCUCCUUCAAGCCUGGCUCCGGCGAAGCGAUCCAAGCCGUCAUCAACAUUGCCAAAGCCAACCCGACAUUCCCUGUCAUACUCCAAUGGACCGGUGGUCGUGGUGGUGGUCAUCACUCGUUUGAGGACUUCCACUCGCCAAUCCUAGCCAUGUACGGUCGUAUCCGACGACAGGAGAACAUCAUCCUUGUGGCCGGAAGCGGCUUCGGUGGUGCCACAGACACGUACCCGUAUAUCACGGGUGAAUGGUCGACCAAAUACGGCUACCCUCCCAUGCCCUUCGACGGGUGCCUGUUUGGCAGCAGGAUGAUGGUGGCCAAAGAGGCUCACACCAGCAAGAAUGCCAAGAAGGCCAUUGUCGAGGCAGAGGGUCUCGACGACUCCGAAUGGGAGAAGACCUACAAGGGACCGGCUGGUGGUGUCAUCACUGUCAGGUCCGAAAUGGGCGAGCCUAUUCACAAGCUUGCUACCCGCGGUGUGCUGUUCUGGGCCGAAAUGGACCAGAAGAUCUUCAGCCUGCCCAAGGAGAAGCGGGUGGCCGAGCUUAAGAAGAGCCGGGAUUAUAUCAUCAAGAAGUUGAACGACGACUUCCAGAAAGUAUGGUUCGGGCGCAACAAGGCCGGCCAGGCUGUGGAUCUCGAGGAUAUGACGUACGGCGAGGUCGUGCGGAGGAUGACCGACCUGCUCUAUGUCAAGCAUGAGUCUCGAUGGAUCGAUCCUUCCUACAUCAAGCUCACCGGAGACUUUAUUCACCGGGUGGAAGAGCGAUUCACGGCCGCCUCCAACCAGCCAUCCCUUCUCCAGAGUUAUGCUGACCUCGACGAGCCAUACUCGGCAGUCGAGCGCAUCUUGGCCCACUACCCUGAGGCGGAGAACCAGAUCAUCAACGCACAGGAUGUCCAGCAUUUCUUGCUCCUCUGCCAGCGCCCCGGUCAGAAGCCUGUGACAUUCAUUCCUGCUCUAGAUGAGAACUUCGAGUUCUUCUUCAAGAAGGACUCCCUCUGGCAGUCGGAAGAUCUCGAGGCUGUCAUCGACCAGGAUGUCGGCAGGACAUGUAUCCUCCAGGGACCCAUGGCGGCCAAGUAUUCGACCGUCGUCGACGAGCCCAUCAAGGACAUUCUCGAUGCCAUUCAUGAUGCCCACAUUGCCGGCCUUGCCCGGGAUUUCUACUCUGGACAGGAGUCAUCAAUCCCCACGGUUGAGUACUUUGGUGGCCGGCUCAGUGACCCCGAGAUCCCCAUGGAUGAUGUCGAAGGCCUCACUGUGUCUUACGAUGAGAACAAGAACAGUUACCGCCUUGCCUCGUCUCCUGCCAUCCAGCUCCCAUCGGUCGAGUCGUGGUUGUCGCUCUUGGCAGGACCGAACAGGAAUUGGCGGUAUGCGCUGCUGAUGUCGGACGUCCUGGUCCAAGGGCAAAAAUACCAGACGAACCCGAUGAAGCGGAUCUUUGCACCUUCUCGCGGUCUCUUUGUUGAGAUUCAGAACCCGAAUGAUCCCGCCAAUACCGUCAUUAUUGUGAGGGAGCAGCCGCGACACAACCAAUACGUCGAUGUUAUCGAGGCGAAGCUCGUGGGCAAGGAUGAAAUUGUGGUGAACCUGAUCAAGGACAGCACAGCACUCGGGAAGCCAGUUCCUCUGCCCCUCCGCUUCAAGUACAACCCGGAAGCCGGCUAUGCGCCGAUUCACGAGAUCAUGGAUGGUCGGAAUGAUUCUAUCAAAGAGUUCUACUGGCGUGCCUGGUUCGGCGAUGAGCCCCUUGAUCUGGAUGCCCCUCUCGCCGGCAAGUUCGACGGAGGAAAGACCACUAUUACCAGUGAAGCCAUCAAUGAAUUCGUCCAUGCUGUCGGAAAUACUGGCGAAGCAUUCGUUGACCGCCCUGGCAAGGUCAUGUAUGCCCCAAUGGACUUCGCCAUUGUCGUGGGAUGGAAAGCCAUCACGAAGCCCAUUUUCCCUCGGACCAUCGACGGCGACCUGCUGAAGCUUGUUCAUCUGUCCAACGAGUUCCGCAUGAUGCCCGGCGCCGAGCCUUUGAAGAAGGGAGAUGAGGUUUCCACCACGGCACAGAUCAACGCCGUCAUCAACCAAGAAUCCGGAAAGAUGGUUGAGGUUUGCGGAACGAUCAUGCGUGAUGGCGAGGCGGUUAUGGAGGUCACAUCUCAGUUCCUCUACCGUGGCGUGUACACCGACUACGAGAACACAUUCCAGAGAAAGAUGGAGACGCCUAUGCAGGUGCAUCUGGCCACCUCCAAGGACGUUGCUGUUCUCCUGUCGAGGCAAUGGUUCUGCCUCGACCAGCAGCCAAACCUGGGAAUGGAGCUGCUCGGUCAGACUCUGACUUUCAAGCUGCAGAGCCUGGUCCGUUUCAAGAACAGGACCGUCUUCAGCAGCGUCGAGACCCAAGGCCAGGUCCUCCUGGAACUUCCCACCAAGGAGGUGAUCCAGGUUGCCAGCGUUACCUACGAGGCUGGAGAGUCUCACGGAAACCCGGUCAUUGACUACCUCGAACGGUACGGCACUCCUAUCGCACAGCCCGUCAACUUUGAGAACCCCAUCCCUCUCAGCGGCAAGACCCCCCUCCUCCUUCGUGCGCCCGCCUCCAACGAGACUUAUGCUCGCGUAUCGGGCGACUUCAAUCCUAUCCACGUCUCCCGCGUGUUCGCAGGCUAUGCUGCCCUGCCCGGUACAAUCACACACGGCAUGUAUUCGAGCGCUGCUGUUCGAAGCUUGGUGGAGACGUGGGCCGCCGAGAACAACAUUGGUCGUGUCCGUAGCUUCCACGCAUCACUUGUCGGCAUGGUUCUGCCCAAUGACGACAUCCAAGUCAAGCUCCAGCACGUCGGCAUGGUUGCCGGCCGGAAGAUCAUCAAGGUCGAGGCAAGCAACAAGGAGACGCAGGAAACGGUCCUCCAGGGCGAGGCAGAGAUCGAGCAGCCCAUCACCGCCUAUAUCUUCACUGGUCAAGGCUCCCAGGAGCAGGGCAUGGGUAUGGAGCUGUACGGCAGCAGCCCCGUUGCCCAGGAAGUGUGGGAUCGCGCAGACAAGUAUCUCAUGGAUACCUAUGGCUUUGCUAUCACCAACAUUGUCAAGAACAACCCCAAGGAACUUACUAUCCACUUUGGCGGCCCCCGCGGCAAGGCCAUCCGGCAGAAUUACAUGGCCAUGACCUUCGAGACCGUUGCCGCCGACGGCUCCAUCAAGUCGGAGCGCAUUUUCAAGGACAUCAACGAGACCACCACCUCGUACACUUACCGCUCGCCAACCGGCCUGCUCUCGGCCACCCAGUUCACCCAGCCGGCUCUCACGCUAAUGGAGAAGGCCAGCUUCGAGGACAUGAAGUCGAAGGGCCUUGUCCCCCGGGACAGCACCUUUGCCGGCCAUUCGCUCGGCGAGUACUCGGCGCUCGCAGCCCUGGCCGACGUCAUGCCCAUCGAGUCGCUGGUGUCGGUCGUCUUCUACCGCGGCCUGACCAUGCAGGUGGCCGUCGAGCGCGACGCAUCCGGGCGCUCCAACUACAGCAUGUGCGCCGUCAACCCUAGCCGCAUCUCCAAGACGUUCAACGAGGAGGCCCUCCGGUUCGUGGUCGGCAACAUCGCCGAGACAACGGGCUGGCUGCUCGAGAUCGUCAACUUCAACAUCGCCAACAUGCAGUACGUCUGCGCCGGCGACCUCCGCGCGCUCGACACCCUCACAGGCGUCACCAACUUCCUCAAGGUGCAGAAGAUCGACAUUGAGCAGAUGAAGGCCAGCCUCACCGUCGAGGAGGUGAAGGAGCACCUCGUGGAGAUCAUCCGGGGCUGCGCGGCCCAGACGGACACCAAGCCGACGCCGCUGGAGCUGGAGCGGGGCUUCGCGACGAUCCCGCUGCGCGGCAUCGACGUGCCCUUCCACUCGACCUUCCUGCGGUCGGGCGUCAAGCCCUUCCGCAGCUUCCUGCUCAAGAAGAUCAACAAGACGACCAUCGACCCGGCCAAGCUGGUCGGCAAGUACAUCCCCAACGUCACGGCCAAGCCCUUCGCGCUGACGAGGGAGUACUUCGAGGACGUUUACCGCCUCACCAACUCGCCCCGCAUCGGCCACGUCCUGGCCAACUGGGACCAGUACCAGCGCGACGGCGGCGUGGCCAACGGCGACGGCGGCCUGGCUAAUGGGACCGGCGAGGUCAGCAGCGUGGACGGGUCCGAGGGCGUCAAUGGGGAGCAUCUCGUGAACGGCGUCAACGGUGUCAACGGCGUCAAUGGCGUGGACCAUAGUUAGGAUGGUUCCCGGCCUGGGGGGGAAGGAAGAGCUAAUCGUGUAACGGGGAGCUCCGCCCCCUUUUUUUUCCUUUUUCUGCGUGGGCUGUUUUUUUAAACCCGAGGAGUCAAACUGCCCGCACAAGAAAGAGUGCGAGUUAAUUUGGUGGCGGGCCUUCCUACCUGCCUGCCGGCCUGUAUGUCUGUGUACUGUUUUCAGUAAUCCUUUUUUCGCGUUUGGUUUCCAUACAAACCAGCUCGUCACCAUAGAGUACCCUAUAAUAGAUGUCACGUCUCGAUAGAAAGAAGCAAUGACUCGUUCCAACAA